GGGUGGGGGGGAUGUCGCCAUGACCAAAUAUAGCACAACAAAUGAUUUUAUGACACAGGAGGAACGCAGUAUGGGCAAGCUGGGCUGGCCUGUCCUGCGGUCCUACAUGGCCCAUUGCGGAGGUGUGGCAGUGGUUUUGGGCUACUUUCUAUUUCUCGUUUUGGAGCGGUCGACGUUUGUGGUCUCUGAUUGGUGGCUGGCCAUGUGGGCGUCGGCGGAGACCGCCCCACCUGACGAUGACAUUGCGCGCGCGUUUAAUCUGCCAGCCGCAAACACCCCAGAGGGGUCUCGUUACUACAGUUUAGGAUACACUGGCUUAGCAGCACUCAACACUGUGUUUGUGUUUGGGAGGUGUCAGUUGUGGGCACUCGCCGCGGCAAAUUCGUCCAGAAAGUUGUUCGUGGGCCUGCUGAAAAG